AUGGCGCCAAAGAGGGCUCCGAAGGAACCGGUGGACGUGUUAGCACGGAAAGGCUACUACGAUGAGAUGACCAACACCUUUGAAGAAAUCAACGAAAAACGAGACAUCAUCGAAAAGGAGAUACGUGCUUUACUGGAAGAAAGGGACGACUUGGUGAAGACCAUUGCCGAGCUUCAAAGUCAGCUGGAUGCAGUCAACCUUUCCAACAAGGCAAGUCUGAAGGCCCAGCGCAAGACAGAGCGCGUGCUGCGGCAGCUGGAGGCGGGUGGUGCGGUGGCCCGGGCCGCCUUGCGAAAGCUGCUGCUUAGCCGGAUGACUCUGGAAGAGCGCGUGGCAAAGGUCCGCGAGGACUUCAGGCUGAGUUGCAACUGGCCAUCUUCACCGGUGUCCAGUCAAAAACUGAAAAGAACGGAUUUGACAAUGAAACGACAGCUGACCAAUGAUGGGGGUGAAAUCACCAUUCCCAUGCGAUCCUAUGUGGCUGGUGGCCUCGAGCAACCUCCUGUGAUAGUCUUCUUCCACGGUGAAAGCUACGUGGCGGGAGAUUUGGACACCCACGACUGGAUUUGCUCAGCGCUGGCUCAGCUCUCGAGUGCGAUGGUGCUAUCGGUGGCUUAUCGGCAACCUCCCGAGGUUCGCUACCCUGGACCAUUGGAGGAUGCCUAUGGAGCCUUGUGCUGGGUUGCAGAAGGCAACCUUGGCUGGACUCCCACUCUGGGUGUCGCUGGCGAUGCCUCUGGUGGUGGCUUGGCCAUGGCCUGUACUCUGCGCGCAAGGAAGGAAGCCGCAGCAGGAGCGCCGGACAUCCGAGUCCAGGUGCUGUUCUAUCCAUGGGUGGACGUCAGGCCGACGAGCCAAUCCAUGCAGAGCUGCCAAGAAGACAAUGACCUUCACAUACUGAUGCAGGAGGACUUGGCCUUUGCCAGUGAGGUGUAUGGGCCACCGCGGCAAGCAACAGGUGAAGAAGAUGAUGAUGAUGACGAACCAAAGGUCGAGGAUUGGAUGAAGGUUGAGGAGGUGUCACCUCUGCUUGCAAACUCCUUGCAAGACCUGCCGCGCACGUUCUUGGCCUAUGCAGCUGAUGACUUGUUGGCACCCGACUGCCGAAGUCUAGCCAUACACCUCAGAAAAGAGGCCGGAACAGAGGCCGUGCAUGAACUGGAGCUUCCUGGUCCUUUGGGCCCUGGCUUCGCCAAGGACCCCACGCGGGCUGCCAGCUAUGCCGCCCUGGCGGCUGCAGGUGUUUCAACCCGCUUGCUGAAGUCGUACAGCGAGAAUAGCGAGCUCUCCUGGCUUUUUCGAUGGAAUGCUGAAGCGCUUCCGUGCGACCAGAAGCUUGCACAAGGGUUUGAAGUAAGGCUGCCAGAUGAUCAUCCAGCAGCCAAAGACAUUGGCAACAGGUGGCAGUGCAGGAGUUCGCCCUUUCAGUUGGAAUUACCCCGCGGUCACUGCUAUUUGCUUCAGCUAAGAGCUGUUUUGAUGGAAGGUGCUCAGGUGGUAUGGGCUUCCGAAUUUAGUGCUCCUGCACGUGUGGACUUGCGGCAAAAUGCAGGGUCCAAGCAUCGUGCGGAGGCUGCAGGGAAGCCCAGGUUCCAGGACUUCUUGGUUGCCAAGCCUUCAGAGAGACGGGUGGAUCCAUACAGGAGCUCUCCAAGGACGAGCCCGAGAGUGCCACUGGGAGCACCGAAGCUAGGAGCCCUGCCUGUCGCCUCGUCUCCUUCCACGAGUGCUGGUGAUGGAGCGCUCUCCGAAGACACCUCACCAUUGCGUAGCGUUGUGCGGCGAAGCAUUUUGGAGCUCCUCUUUGAGCAAGCUGUCAGGAAGGCCUUCUUUGAUUUCUUGCCAAUGGUAAUGGUGGCUCGCAUGCGCAGUGCCAGCCCGGCUGUCAAAGCACAAGCAGCGGCAUACCUUCAUGCACGAGUCAACACAGGUUCGAGUGAAGAGUUUGACCUGGAAGGUGAAGAGCCAGUUGCAGAGGUACCCCCUGCAGAGGAAGCGACUCAGGCGCCACAGAUAGCCCUUCAGGAGGUGACGCUUGUGCACGAGGAUCAACUGGCUCACAUUUCAGGCUCUUUAAUUUGCCCGCCGUUGUUGAGAACUCCCCGUGGCACCUUUCGCAGCGAAGUAGCGCCGUUGAGAGAAGCUGAAAGAGACCUCGGACGGCUCAUGGCCAACUCAGGUUUCAGGAUUUUCCUCACAUCCAGCGCGGCAUCCGUGCUGCCUGUGCGCCUUCAAGCCAGACCUGGCAUUCCGAUCCUGCACGAUUUACAUCUUCUGCUGGAACAACAGCUGUCCAUGGCACUGGACACUAGCUUCUCCGAGCGAGUGGCCACAGCCAUGUCCGCAGGCAUUGGUGUGGACUUCGCAGUGCAGGUGGGGUUGAUUCCGCAGUUUCAUCAGCCAAUGUUUAUCCUGCUCUUGCUGGGCUCUGGAGGCCAGCCUCAGCAAGUGCGUAUGGUGGUCAAUGGGUUCGUGGCCGCCAAGUCAAAGCAUGUGCAAGGCGACCGGCCAGACCAGAAGUUCACUCCUUGGAUUGCGUCAUUGGCUUCUCCAGAUUUGAUGCAACCGCAGCUGAGGACAGAUGGUCCGUGCCAGUGGGAAUACUCCGUGCGGCACGCCAAUGGCAGUGAAACCACAGGCUCAGCACUGGAGUGUGACGUGCUGUUGUUACAAGACAUUGCAGCUUCUGGUCGUUGGACUGGCUUGCCGCAACUCUGA